UAUGGGCACAUAAUUGUUUCCCAUAUUUAAUGAAAGAUUCUGCUGAUAAUUCAAGCAAAAUGUUUAGUGUCAGAUUCUUUUAAUCCCGUAGGCAGAUAGAGAUCACUAUACAAUACGGAGUAUAUAUUAAUGGCACAGCAGAUGGUAAAUCAGACUCCGCCAACCACCAUGACAACCGUCUCGCCACCGCCGUCAAAUCCUGAAGAACUCCCUACAACUACCGGCGCCGCCGCCGCCGAGAAGAACAAGGGAAAGCUCACCCUAAUCCCACUCAUCUUCCUCAUAUACUUCGAGGUCGCCGGAGGACCCUACGGUGAGGAACCGGCGGUCCAAGCCGCCGGCCCACUGCUGGCCAUCCUCGGCUUCCUCAUCUUCCCAUUCAUCUGGAGCAUCCCGGAGGCCUUGAUCACCGCCGAGCUCUCCACCGCAUUCCCCGGCAACGGUGGCUUCGUGAUCUGGGCCCACCGGGCUUUCGGCCCCUUCGUAGGGUCGCUGAUGGGAACCUUGAAGUUCCUCAGCGGCGUCAUCAACAUCGCCACUUUUCCGGCCCUCUGCAUCGAUUACCUGAAGAGAAUAUUCCCGGUCUUCUCCUCCGGCUUACCCAGAUACAUGGCGGUUCUGGUCUUUACAACUUUCCUCUCUUUCCUCAACUACACCGGCCUGAGCAUCGUCGGCUGGACCGCCGUCGCCCUCGGCGUCGUCUCCCUCGCGCCUUUCGUUCUCAUGUCCCUCAUCGCCAUCCCCAAAAUCCACCCUCACAGGUGGGGAAGUUUAGGGCAGAAGGGGGUGAAGAAAGACUGGAACUUAUACUUCAACACCCUGUUUUGGAACCUAAAUUUCUGGGAUAACGUGAGCACGAUGGCCGGAGAAGUGGAGAACCCGAGAAAGAUUUACCCACUAGCCCUGUUCGUGGCGGUGAUCUUCACGUGUGUGGGCUACAUAAUCCCGCUAUUCGCCGUCACCGGAGCGGUGGCCGUGGACCAGAGCGAGUGGGAGUCCGGGUUCAUGGCGGUGGCGGCGAAAAUGCUGGCCGGAAAAUGGCUACAGCUCUGGGUAGAAAUCGGCGCAGUCCUAUCCGCCAUCGGACUAUUCGAAGCCCAACUAAGCUGCUGCGCGUACCAAAUCCAAGGCCAAGCCGACCUCGCCUUCCUCCCCAAAUUCUUCGGCGCGAGGUCCAAGUGGUUCAACACCCCCUGGGUCGGAAUCCUCCUCGCAACGCUCAUCUCCCUCGCCGUUUCUUACCUGGACUUCACCGACCUAAUCUCGUCCGCCAAUUUCCUCUACAGCCUGGGGAUGUUACUCGAAUUCGCUUCGUUUCUGUGGCUGAGAAGAAAGGCGCCGGCGCUGAAACGCCCGUACAGGGUGCCGUUGAAGCUGCCGGCGUUGGUGGUCAUGUGCCUCAUCCCAUCUGUUUUCUUGAUCUAUAUCAUGGCCAUAGCCACCAAGAUUGUGUUUCUGGUGAGUGGGUUGAUGACGGUGGGUGGGGUUGGGUGGCAUUUUCUGAUGAAGCUUUGCAAGGCCAAGAAAUGGCUCAAAUUUAGCAGUGGACAUGUUCAUCAUGGCGAAGAGGCAGAGGAGAUUGAUGAUUAAUGUUCAUAUCUUUGAUAGGGAAACUUAUAUAUUAUUUAAACAAGUUCUACUACAUGUACUCCCAAAUUUUAUUCUCCCAAAUUUACUUGGUGAUGUGGUAGGCUCUAUAGGUUAUUUUCUUUCAUGUGAGCUCCGAUAAAAGUGUUUAUAUCGAUAUUUUAAGUGUAGAAGUAAAAGUAGGGAGAAUGUAAUGGGAGUGAUGUAGUAUUUUCCUAUUUAGGCUUUACAGAGAUUGUGUAGUACAGUCUGAAACUCGUGUAUUCGACCGGAGUGUAGGGGGUCCUUAAAGUUGGGAUUCAACCUUUUGGAAAGAAAAUCUUGUUUCCAUCCUUGAAGACUUCUAAUUGUAAAGCUCCUUGUGGUCCAAUUUGUGUGAUUUCUAAAGUUAUCAU